AAGCGAAAACGAGAACCUAGGUUCUACGCAGUCAGGAUCGGCAAAACACCAGGAGUGUAUCACACGUGGGAAGAUUGUCUCGAACAAAUCAAAGGGUUUCCCAAGGCCACCUUCAAAUCAUUCCUUACCUUGACGGAAGCUCAAAACUUUGUGGUGCACGGUACAAGCAGUAGCGCGGAUGGAAAGAUCGUGAAGUGGUACGGUGUACAAGCCGGGAGGGUGCCAGGUGUGUACACCAGCUGGGAGGAUGUUCAAGAUCAGAUCACUGGAUGGAAGGGCCCGCGCCACAAAGCGUUCAAGAGCAAGUUUGAGGCAGAACAGUAUGUUGCAGAGGUACACAGCGUUGCGGGAUCGUCUGCCGGCGCUGCAGAGGAGAGCGGCGAAAUAAAUGAGCCGGCGUCCAAGAAGGCGAGGCUCAACAAGUCGAAGAAGACCACAGCCGUAAAGGAAGAGGACGGCCUGGCCGCUCAGUCCGAACAGGGCGAGUACGAACCUGGCGAGGCCCCUCUAGGUGAAGAUGUUAAAGAUGGAUUUGAUCCGAACAUAAUGCUCGAUCCAAAGGCCGGCACUCUACGAUACCGCACGCGUGAAGAGCGCCAGAAGACGGUUUAUGAAGCGACUCGUGCUGCGCCGAACGCACCCUUGCGCAUUUAUACAGAUGGCAGCGCACUCGGAAAUGGGAAGCUCAGUGCUCUCGGGGGCGUCGGCGUCUAUUUCGGCCCGGGUGACCAGCGCAACAUCAGCGAACCACUCACCGGCACACGACAAACGAACAACCGCGCCGAGCUGACAGCCGUCCAGCGUGCCCUCGAGGUUGCGCCGCGCGAUCGGCGCAUUGUCAUAGUGUCAGAUAGCAAAUAUGCCAUUGAUUGCGUCACAGACUGGUUCCGUGGCUGGCAGCGCAACAACUGGAUGAAUUCAUCACGGAAACCCGUCGAGAACAAAGAUCUUGUGGUGAAGAUCAUAGAUUUGCUAGAGGAGCGGCAACGACUCGACCAACGAGCCUUUUGGAACCGCGGACCAGGCGGCGUGCUGUUUGAAUGGGUGAAAGGACACCACAAGGACGCAAGCAAUGAGGCUGCCGACCAGCUUGCGGUCGCUGGAGCACGG